AAUUCUAUUUAGGCAACUUUUGAUCACUCAUUUUAUUGGACAUUAUAUUGAAUUUCAUUGGGUUAUAUUAUUUACUGUGAGACGACAAUUGAAUUCUUAUUUUUUGUGCAUGAUAUUUUUGCGUACGUGGAGAUUUUUAGAUUUUGGGCUCUUUUGACGGAACUAUUUUAUUGUCGGGGCGAUUUUGUGGGAGUGGUUUUGUCCUGGACCAGUCAAAAAAACAUAUUCCAUGUACAAGCACGACAAGAACGCCCUCAUCCUCUCGGUGGUCCACUGCAGAGACCUCCCGGCCAAGAACCCCAACCCAGGUUCUAGCGACCCCUACGUCAAGCUGCAGCUCCUCCCAGACAAGCAACACAAAGUCAAAACCCACGUCUUGAGAAAAACCCGCAAUCCCGUCUACGACGAAGACUUCACCUUCUACGGAAUCAACUUCAACCAGUUACCCAACAUCACCCUUCACUUCGUGGUGCUCAGUUUCGACCGCUACAGCCGCGACGACAUCAUCGGUGAAGUCUUCUGCGCCCUCAACUCCAUCGAUGUAACUCAGAUCGAGAACCAGCAGAUGGCUCUAUGCAGGGAGAUCCAGCGCAGGAGUCUUAACAUUCGUUCCCAAGGUCGCGGUGAACUCCUGGUGUCUUUGUGUUGGCAACCGGCGGCUAACAGACUCACGGUGGUGGUACUCAAGGCCCGAAACCUCCCCAAGAUGGACGUGACCGGGUUGGCGGAUCCCUACUUGAAAAUCUACCUUUUGUAUAACGGCCAGCGGAUCGCUAAGAAGAAGACCCACGUUAAAAAGCGGACACUGAGUCCAGUUUUUAACGAGAGCUUCGUGUUUGAUAUUCCCGCAGGAGGUGAAGGCCUUGAUAACGUCAGUUUGGAAUUUUUGCUCCUGGAUUGGGAUCGAGUGACCAAAAACGAGAUAUGUUUGUUGUGAUGUUUAGUGGGAUGGGGUCUAAUUGGUGGACCGGUAGGUGAUUGGGCCGCUCGAGAUGGGCGGCGCU